AUUACAUCUUUCCGCGCAAAUCGACCCGCCAGUUAGGAACCCAAAAAAUCAAAAUUCAAAACCAAAGUAAAAAUAAGACAACCGAAGUACCUAACUUAGUUCCAGAUCUAAAUUCACUCUCUCUCCUUGUACUCCUUGUCUCGUCAAUCUACCAGUUUUUGAUUUUGCGUCGAAGAAAUGGCGGGAAAGGGUGGCAAGGGGCUUGUUGCAGGAAAAACCACGGCAGCAGCUGCCGCGGCCGCGGCUAACAAGGAGAAGGAUAUCAAGAAGAGGCCUACUUCUCGUUCCUCUCGUGCUGGUCUUCAGUUUCCAGUUGGUCGUAUUCAUCGUCAUCUCAAAACAAGAACUUCUGCACAUGGGCGUGUAGGUGCCACUGCUGCUGUGUACUCAGCUGCAAUUCUCGAGUACCUUACAGCAGAGGUUCUUGAGCUAGCUGGAAAUGCGAGUAAAGAUCUGAAGGUGAAGAGGAUUACGCCAAGGCAUCUACAGCUGGCUAUUCGUGGGGAUGAGGAGCUUGACACACUCAUUAAAGGUACCAUUGCUGGAGGAGGUGUGAUCCCUCAUAUUCACAAGUCCCUCAUUAACAAAGCCACCAAAGAGUAAGUGAAUUUGAUCGUUUAUUUGAACAGAAGUCUGACUCGAGACUUGUUUUAACAUUUAAAGACAAUUUCUAGGUUAAUGUAGUUUGUUUGAAAGAUUGUUGUAGUGUAUAUUUAGUUUCUUUAUCUGAAUUGUUUUCAGGGCACUUGUUCUUGUAAAAGAUUAUUAUUUUGUGUC